AUACCAUCCCUAGUUCUAGAUAUAUUUAUUGAAGUCGCUUAUCCCAAAAAACAAGUUUCCUCCUCUCUUUUUCUUUUUCUUUUUCUUUUCUAUAAAAUAAUAUUGAAUUGUUAUUUGUUGUUUUCUCAGCUGCACCUUUCCCUGGUAAUAUUAUAUGAUGGGUGGAAGUGCAAUAGAUGAUGAUUGGGAGUUCACCUCUCCUUCCAAUGGUAUUAAGACUGUGGUUUUAGUUGGACGUACCGGCAAUGGGAAAAGUGCAACUGGCAAUAGCAUUCUUGGAAAAAAAUCCUUCAAAUCAAGGGCUAGCUCAUCUGGGGUUACUAGUACUUGUGAAUUGCAGAAAACAGUGCUCAAAGAUGGGCAAAUUUUAAAUGUCAUUGAUACUCCUGGGUUGUUUGAUUUCUCAGCUGGAUCUGAAUUCAUUGGAAAAGAAAUUGUCAAAUGUAUUGAUCUUGCCAAGGAUGGAAUCCAUGCAGUUCUUGUUGUUUUCUCAGUUAGGACCCGCUUUUCGCAAGAAGAGGAAGCUGCAUUGCGUAGUUUGCAGACUUUAUUUGGUAGCAAAAUUGUUAACUACAUGAUUGUAGUGUUUACUGGUGGGGAUGAACUGGAAGAAAAUGAGGAAACAUUGGAAGAUUAUUUGGGUCGCGAGUGCCCGCAGCCAUUAAAGGACAUUCUAGGUCUUUGUGGAAACCGACUUGUACUUUUUGACAACAAGACUAAGGAUGAAACCAAGAGAGUGAAACAAGUUCAGGAUCUUCUCACACUUGUGAACAUGGUCAUAGAACAGAAUGGUGGGCAACCAUAUACUGAUGAGUUGUUUGCGGAACUGAAGAAAGGGGCAACUAAACUUCGUGAUCAACAAGAAGUGGUUGCUGCUCUAAAGGGCUACUCCAAGCGAGAAAUAUCCGAGUUUAAGGAGCAGAUUGAAAGAUCAUAUGAAGAGCAGCUUAUGCGAAUUACUGAAAUGGUUGAGUCAAAGCUGAAGGAGACGACUGUCAGGUUGGAGCAGCAGUUAGCAGAGGAGCAGGCAGCACGGCUGAAGGCGGAAGAGUUGGCGCAGUUAGCUCAAAUGAAAUCAAAUGAUGAAAUCCGGAAGCUUCGAGAGAAUCUAGAAAGAGCACAGAAAGAGACAGAGGAGCUCCGCAAGCAAGCUGCUCGGUGUGCCAUCCUGUGACUGCCGCUACAAUGAGAAGAUGCCUCUCUUAUGCUAUUAUAUUUAUCUUCAAUGUUUUAAAUUGCUAUAAUGCUUUUAAAUCCUGCGUAAAUGAUUUUAAGCUUUUCCAAAGUCAACUGUCUUAUCUUCAUGCCUCUUUGUAAAUCUUUAAGUGUAUAAGAGAUUUCAACACACUGGUUUUAUUGUUGUGAUA